AUGAAGGGCGACAAGAAUGUAGACAUUCAGGCCCUUAAGGAUAUGGCCAAUAAACUCAGAAUCGACAGCAUCAUUGCAACAAAUGCAUCAAAAUCCGGCCACCCCACGUCAUGCGCGUCGAUGGCGGAGAUCAUGUCGGUGCUGUUCUUCCACACCAUGCGCUACAAGGUCUCCGCACCGAAGGACCCCUCCGCCGACCGCUUCGUACUCUCAAAGGGCCAUGCGGCCCCCAUCCUGUACGCCGCGUGGGCGGAGGCCGGCCUCUUCCCGGUGGAGGAGCUGAAGAAGCUGCGCCAGCUGGAGUCGGACCUGGAGGGCCACCCCACGCCGCGGCUCAGCUUCGUGGACGUGGGCACCGGCUCGCUGGGCCAGGGGCUGGCCGUGGCCGCCGGCAUGGCCUACGUGGGCAAGUACUUCGACCAGGCGCCCUACAGGGUGUACUGCCUGGUGGGUGACGGCGAGGCGGCCGAGGGCAGCAUUUGGGAGUCUCUGCACUUCGCCAGCCACUACAAGCUGGACAACCUCGUCGUCAUCUUCGACGUGAACCGCCUGGGCCAGUCCGAGCCCACCUCGCUGCAGCACCGGAUGGACGUGUACGACGCGCGGCUGAAGGCUUUCGGCGCGAACUCCGUGGUGGUGGACGGCCACGACGUGUCGGAGCUGGUGAAGGCGUUCGACGCGGCGGCCUCGGUCAGCGGCAGGCCCACCGCCAUCGUGGCCAAGACCUUCAAGGGCAGGGGCUUCCCCGGCAUCGAGGACUCCGACAACUGGCACGGGAAGCCCCUGGGCGCGGAAGGGGACAAGGUCAUCAAGCACCUGCAGGCGCAGAUGAAGAGCCCCGCGCCGCGGCUGGUGGCGCGCCCGCCCGCCGCCGCCGCGCCGGCCGUGCACCUGGCCGACGUGGCGCUCUCCUCGCCUCCCGCCUACGCCGCUACGGACCGCGUAGCCACGCGCCUGGCCUACGGCACCGCGCUCAAGAAGAUCGCCGACACCAACAUGAGGGUGAUCGCUCUCGACGGCGACACGAAGAAUUCUACGUUCAGUGACAAACUGCGCAACGCCUACCCAGAAAGGUUCGUGGAGUGCUUCAUAGCGGAGCAGAACCUGGUGGGCGUGGCCACCGGCGCCGCCUGCCGCGGCCGCACCGUGGCCUUCGCCUCCACCUUCGCCGCCUUCUUCACGCGCGCCUUCGACCAGAUCCGCAUGGGCGCCAUCAGCCAGUCCAACAUCAACCUGGUGGGCUCGCACUGCGGCGUGAGCAUCGGCGAGGACGGGCCCUCGCAGAUGGGCCUCGAGGACUUGGCGCUCUUCCGCUCCGUGCCGGACUGCACCGUCUUCUACCCCUCAGACGCCGUCGCCACGGAGCGCGCCGUGGAGCUGGCCGCCAACACGCGCGGCAUCUGCUACAUCCGCACCUCGCGCCCCGCCACGGCCCUGCUCUACCCCAACGGCGAGACCUUCAAGGUAGGACAAGCCAAGAUAGUGCGCGAGAGCGCGGCCGACCGCAUCCUGCUCAUCGGCGCUGGAGUCACUCUUCACGAGGCCGUUUCUGCCGCUGACCAACUGCAAAAAGAAGGCGUGGGCGCGCGGAUCCUGGACCCGUUCACGGUGAAGCCGCUGGACUCUGCGGCCGUGCGCAGCCACGCCAAGGCGGUGGGCGGGAGGGUGCUCGUCGUCGAGGACCACUACGAGGCCGGCGGGCUGGGCGAGGCGGUGCUGUCGGCGCUGCGGCUGGAGCGCGCCGUGGCGGUGGAGCACCUCUGCGUGAGGGAGCUGCCGCGCUCGGGCCCGCCGCAGGCGCUGCUGCGCCGCUUCGGCAUCUCGGCCGACCACGUGGUGGCCGCUGCGAAGCGGCUGCUCGACGCC